AAAACUAAUUCGUGCCGCUCAACUAUAUAUAAUUCGUUUUCGAUUGUUUGUGAACGAGUUAAGCCAAUUUUAUUUGCCAUUUUAACCGUGUCAAUCAACAUGACAAAUAAACCAAAAGUUCUAAUUCUUGGAGGUUGUGGAUUCGUUGGACGACAUUUGGUUACGUAUUUGAUAAAAAACAGCCUAGUUUCCCAUGUUCGUGUUGUUGAUAAAACACCGCCACAAUUGGCAUGGUUGAACAAUCAGCACAUGGCAGCGUUCAACGAUAACGCCGUCGAGUUUUGCAGUGCGAAUUUGAUUAAUCAAGCAUCUUGUAAGAAUGCAUUCAAGCCACCGAAUGACUGUGAUUAUCCGUAUUGGGACCAUGUAUUUAAUUGCGCAGCCGAAACUCGUCUUGGUAAGAGUGAUGCAAUCUAUCGGGAGGGUAUCUACAAAUUAAGUUUGAAUUGCAUAAAUGAAGCAAUUGAACAGAAUGUGCUUCGAUACAUCGAAUUCAGUUCGGCGAAUAUGUUGUCGAGCGAGAAAAAACCCACAAAGGAAAAUUGCGAACGAAAACCAUGGACAAAAGUUGCUGUGCAAAAAGUCAGCGUUGAAGAUGAGCUAGAAAAUCGUUGCAAUGAUUUGAACUAUACCAUUUUGCGUCUGCCAUUGGUAUACGGAAUUGGUGAUCACAAAGGAUUAGCCACACGAUUAGUCAUUGCUGCAUUGUACAAAUACAUGAACGAAACGAUGAAACUAUUAUGGAAUGAAUCAAUGAAGAUGAACACUGUGCAUGUGGAUGACGUUGUUGCGGCCGCAUUUGAAUUGGCACAAAACCCAUUGGCAAACAAACAAUGCUAUAACAUUGUGGAUGAUUCACUGUCAACUCAAGGAUCCAUCUCAAAGAUUUUGGCUAACAUUUUCAAUAUCAAAGUUGAUUAUUGGGGCGAAGGACUAUCAAAUUUAUCAAGGUUGAAAAUCCCAACAUCGAUGAUUGUUGAAGAGAUCAAUGACAAGCACAUGCAGCCAUGGGGCGAAAUUUGCCGAAGAGAUAACACCGAAAAUACUCCGCUAACUCCGUUCAUGGAUGCUGAACUUAUACAACAUUGCCACUUGAAUUUGUCCAACGAGAAAUUGAAAUCAACUGGCUAUCGACUGAAAAUGCCGAUUUUCACACAAGAAAGCAUCGAAGAGAUCGUCAGUGAUUUCGCCAAACAAAAACUGCUACCAGCAUCACUUUUAUAUUGAGACUGAUUUUGGACUAUAAGUAUUACUAUUGUUGUUAUGGCAUUAUGUAUAACGUUUUGAAACACACAUGCUAAACUGUACAUAAUUUGAACAAAGUGCGUGAUUCGUGAAGAAUUUGUAUUUAAUUGAAUUUGACUCAAAAUGUAAAUGGUUAAGAAUAAACUAAUCGCAAUCAAA